GUAAAAGUCAGCUAUGUCACACGUUAGCUAUAACGUGCCAAUUGCCAAUCGAGCAAUCAGGUGGAGAAGGCAAAUGCCUAUGGAUAGACACAGAAGGAACAUUCCGUCCAGAACGCAUUGUAGCUAUAGCCAAGAGAUACGGGUUGCACCCAACCGAUUGCUUAAAUAAUAUAGCCUAUGCAAAGGCGUACAAUUGUGACCAUCAGACAGAAUUAUUGAUAGAUGCAAGUGCCAUGAUGGCUGAUGCCAGGUUUGCUUUGUUAAUUGUGGACUCGGCCACAGCCUUGUAUCGCUCGGAAUACAUAGGUAGAGGUGAGCUAGCCAGUAGGCAGUCCCACCUGUGCAGGUUUUUAAGAGGCUUACAAAGAAUUGCCGACAUUUAUGGCGUUGCUGUUAUCAUAACGAACCAGGUGGUGGCGAAGGUCGAUGCGAUGAGCAUGUUCGGAGGGCAUGAGAAAAUCCCCAUAGGGGGGAACAUCAUAGCGCAUGCUAGCCAAACGCGACUCUACUUGCGAAAGGGCAGAGGCGAAAGCAGGAUUUGCAAAAUCUACGAUUCGCCGGUGCUUCCGGAGGGCGAGGCCGUGUUCGCCAUCACGGAGGGGGGCAUAGCUGACUACGAGGAGAAGUGA